UCACUCAAACACACACACGCGUGGUACUCGUGCAGAAAAAGAUCUACUGUACAGGCUAAAUUCAAUAACAAAUCGACAAUAACAGGGAACUCGCAUGUUCUUCCGUAUUAUUCUGCCUCUAUAGAAGACACAUCAAACAUAUAUCUGCUGAUUCUCUAUUUAACCGUAUUUGGAGAACAUUUGGGGCCCACAGAGUCGCAGAAAUGAGUCAGUGGUUGGAGCUUCAACAACUUGAUUCAAAGUUUUUGGAACAGGUCGACCAACUGUAUGAUGACAACUUUCCAAUGGCCAUCCGGCAGUACCUCAGCAGCUGGAUAGAAAGCCUCGACUGGGAGCAUGUCGCUAAUGUGGAGAACGAGUCACUGGCUACCGUGAGGUUUCAUGAUCUUUUGACCCAGUUAGAUCACCAACACAGCCGCUUCGCGAUGGAGAAAGACUUCCUGAACCAGCACAACAUCCGCAAGAUCAAGAGGAACUUGCAGAACCUCUUCCAAGACGAUCCUGUUUCCAUGGCUAUGAUCAUCAGUAGGAACCUUAGCGAAGAAAGGAAGAUUCUAUCCGCUGCCCAAAUGUCAGAGAAUCGAACUGAGAGCACCCAAAACGACAUGAUCGUGGAGAAACAUCGAGAAAUGGACGGAAGGGUGAAAGACAUAAAGAACAAAGUACAGGACACCGAGCAGAUCAUCAAAAACCUGGAAGAUCUGCAAGACGAAUAUGACUUCAAGAGCAAAACUCUUCAAAGCAGAGAGGAACUCAACGGGACAAUUUCGACGGAAGACCUCAAUCGGGAGAGACUGAACAUCCGCGCCAUGUUUAUGAAACUCCACAACAUAAGAGAGAAUGUGAUUGGUCAGAUGUCAGAGGUGUCGAACCUUAUGGAUCCGCUGAUCUUUGAGCUGAUCUCAACAGAACUGGCCGAAUGGAGGCGCCGACAACAGAUGGCUUGCAUCGGUGGGCUGAGCAAUGUCUGCUUGGACCAGCUGCAAAACUGGUUUACCUCUAUCGGAGAAUCUCUGCUUCAGCUCAGGCAGCAGCAUAAGAAACUUCUGGAGCUGGAGCAGAAGUUCACAUACGAAAACGAUCCCAUCACCUUCAGCAAAAGCACCCUGAAUGACAGGAUCACGUCAAACCUCAAAACUUUAAUCACAAACUCCUUGGUAGUCGAGAGACAGCCAUGCAUGCCGACCCAACUGCAAAGACCUUUGGUGCUGAAGACGGGCGUUCUGUUCACUCUCAAAUUACGGCUGCUCAUUAAACUUGCAGAAUUUAACCACACUGUUCGAGUGAAAGUCCAGUUUGAUAAGGAUAUCGUUGAGAAACGGAAAGGGUUUCGGAUGUUCAACAUCUUGGGAACAGCCAUGAAGGUCAUGAAUAUGGAGGAAUCCAAUGGGAUGGCUGCAGAAUUUCGUCAUCUGCAACUGAAAGAGAAGAAAGUUACCGGAAACAGAACCAGCGAGGGUCCUCUGAUCGUCACGGAAGAACUUCACUCCAUCACCUUUGAGGCUGAGCUUUGCUGGUCUGGAAUGGUCUUGAACUUUGAGGCUACAUCUCUGCCCAUAGUCGUGAUCUCCAACGUCAGUCAGCUACCCAGUGGAUGGGCCUCCAUCAUGUGGUACAACAUGCUGACCUCUGAACCAAAGAACCUUUCGUUCUUCGUCACUCCUCCUUCAGCCAGUUGGGGUCAUCUAGCGGAGGUGCUGAGCUGGCAGUUCUCCUCCAUCACCAAAAGAGGUCUUAAUCAAGAACAGCUGAGCAUGCUGGGAACUAAACUGCUGGGUCCUAAAGCGGUGACGGAUCCUGAAGCUCAGAUUCCUUGGAAUAGAUUCUGUAAGUCUGGCAGUGAGAAGAACUUCACCUUCUGGUUGUGGAUUGAAGCCGUUUUGGAUCUUAUAAAGAGACACCUGCUGAGUCUGUGGGAUGAUGGGUGUAUAAUGGGGUUUGUGACCAAGGACCGUACUAAAGCUCUGCUGUAUGACAAAGCUCCCGGGACGUUUCUGUUGCGCUUCAGUGAGAGCAACCGCGACGGAGCAAUCACGUUCAGCUGGAUCCAACAUGACUUAAACGAAGAGCCGCAGAUUCGCUCUGUGGAGCCCUACACGAAGAGGGAACUCUCUGCCGUCUCACUUCCCGACAUUAUUCGAAACUAUCGCGUGAUGGCCGCCGACAACGUCCCAGAAAACCCCCUGCGCUUCCUUUAUCCCAAUUUACCCAAAGACGACGCCUUCAAAAAAUACUAUUCCAAACCUACCGAGAAGCAAGAACCAAUGGAUGUCGACAAGAAGUCGGACGAGGGAUACAUCAGCACCACUCUCAUCUCCAUCUCUGAAAUGAAACCGCAAGAAUAUAAUGACACGCUCAUGCCAAUGUCGCCUGAGGUAUUCGACCAGCUGAAGCUGGAAGUGAACCGAUACGAUAUCCAACUGGAGCCGUCAGACUUCAGCCUUUCUUAAGUCACCUGAAAGAUGACAGAUGACUCAGGAAAAAGUAAAAAUGUUUCCAUUAUUCUGUUUGAAAUGGAAGCAAUUCAUGUAGCCAUUGGGUUUGGUAUUCCUCUCUCUUUCAUUCUAACAUUGAGGAAAUUAUUCAAAAAACACUGUAUAUCCUGUCGACUAUCGGAAAAAGUGGAAAAUGGAGCGAAUUGAACCCCAUAGUAAUGCUACUGUUACCUCAGCACUUAAUCUAAAAACUAAAGCAACUUUUAAGGCAGGGAAGUUGUGUACUAAUAGCUCUUCACUUAGUGUAGCACCAAGUAGUAAACGAGAAAGUAAAUGCCGAGUGAACGAGAAAGCUAGACGGAUGAAUUUCACAAAAAAAUGUUUAAUAUAUAUUUUCCAUGAAGAAAAUUAAACCUAUUUAAAGGACUACUGAGAUUUGUUUUAACAGUUAAGCACAUUUUAAUCCACAAUUUUCUUUAUAAGAAUGCAAACAAAUCAUUUAUUCAAUUGCUCUGAUGUGAAAAAAACAUUUACAUAUCAGGGUUGCCCUGCCUUUAAUUAUUAAGUUUAAGUUUUUACUGUAAUACUGAAUACUAGUGUAUCACAGUAAUAAAUCCAUUAUGAGAAUAACGUAAAUGGGUGGGGAAAUGUGCUGAACUGUCCAUAAUGCAAUAAAUAAUAUAAGAAUGCAACAAAUUGUCCUAAAAUAGGCUUCAUUUUCUUUAAAAAGUUUAUUCUGUUAGAUUUUGGGUUUAAAUUCACCCAGAAAGAACUAAGAAAUGCAGGGAUUCGGGUUUCCUUAACACUGUUUCUAUAUAUGUGAAAUUCCUGAACUUGCAGGUGCUUUAUUUGCAUCAUGUCCACUUUAUGUACUUUAUGUUGUUGUUUCUACUUUUUACACUUUUGUGUUUAAUUGCAGAGCAAUAUUUGUCUGUCUAAUUUGUUUCGGGCUUCAUAGAAAAUUUUGUUGGAAAUCCCUUUAGUUUUGAAUGCCUUAAAAAUGUGCACAUAGAAACUGCUAGUACAGACCAACAAUAUGGGAAAACACCCACAUAUAUUGGCGUGAGCAUACCUGGAAAACGUACAGAUGUCUGAAAAUCAAAAUAUAUCAUCUUCCGAAUAAAACCGCCAGAAACGUUGAGUAAAUAACAAACAUUUAUAAUCUGUGUUCAAUGUCUUUAUUCUUUUGUGUGAAAUAUAGCUAUCAGCUUCUACGUUAAAUUCGAACAAAUCUAAAACAUCUACAGCAUUUUAUUUUUAAUUCAAUAUUAAAGUAACACAAUGGAAUACAUUCACAACAGUAAAUAACAAAACAUAAGAAAUUACACAAAGCAACUAAAGUGCGACACAUUGAAAUACGAUCAAUGACCUAAUUUUGUUUGUACUGUUGUUUUGGUCGUAUUGCUUUUUUUUUUUAAUACAAUAAAUAACAUUUCCCAGUUAAGCAUGUACACACACACACACGCUACAAAACACAUUUACAAUACUUCUAUAAUAGUGUCCCACUAGAAAAUAUUCACAUAUUGAGACUGACUGAGCUUUGGAGGACCCAAGUAUACGCACGUCUCUUCGCCGUCCGAAAAUGUACAUUAAAACAAUCGGUGUGCUUAUGUGACCUACUGUUUUUAAAUAGAUUCUCAAAGUUACACAACAUGUUUAGACUGCAUUUUGUAAAAUUGCAGUUAGUGUUAAUACCAGUGCAAUUUUUGUUUAUUUUCAACUUUCAACCUUGCUUGUCAUUUCACCAUGUACUAAUAAAACCGAAAAUAUCUAAA